AUGUGUUCAAUGCAUUUUGUGGUUCAUCCAUUACCUGGUACCGAGGAUCAAUUGAUAGAUAGACUUCGAGAGGUAGCUGAACGUUGGAACAGAUAUGGUACCGGAGCCGCGCCGUCCGCUCUUUCGUCUCUGCGAGGCGUCCGGGCUGUUGCUGCGGGACCGGCCCAUAUCGCUUGUUUGUUGGAAGAUGGUUCCAUUUGUCGAGCUGCCUUCUCCAUUAUACCCGACAGAUUGGAUUUAAGCAAAGCGGAUGCGAGCAAAAGUGGUGGAAAUGGUGGUGGAGGAAGCGGUGGAGGUGGAACCAGCGGUGGGAAACAGGGAGGCAGCGGAGGGGGCUGCGGCUCGAGACAACAGCCACGCACUCGAGCUAGAAUUAUGAGGAAUUCUAUUCGCGCUGCACCGAGUUCACAAGGGUCCACAAGUAGGGCUACGGGUGUUAUUAUAGGAGCAUCUGGGUCGAGUAGAGUUGUAUCUACGGUUCCAGCCCCAUUCGUUCCAGAAGAUCUAGUUACUCAGGCUCAGGUUGUCCUCCAGGGGAAGAGCAGGAGCUUAAUUAUACGAGAACUACAGCGCACAAACUUGGAUGUAAAUCAGGCGGUGAACAAUCUGCUGUCGAGAGAUGACGAGGAGGGCGAGGAGCCCGAGGGAGGAGAGGGAGGUGACGGUUACGUGCCCGAGGAUCUCAUUUCCCUGCUGGAUGGAGGUUUCCACGCAACCCAGCAAGACCAGUCCGUCAUCAUAGACGCGGACGCCAUGUUCUCCGAGGACAUCUUCGGGUACGCGGCUGUCAGAAGUCGUAGCGGAGGUGGUGGUGGUAGUGGAGGUGGCCGCGCGGGCGCCAGUCGUGAGAGUAGCAGUUCCACACAGGAACGUCCGUCAGAAUUCAGCCGCUGGCGUGAGAGGCAGUACUUCGGUCCACGUCGGUGGCUCGAGUCUGCAUUGAGAGACACCUCGUGGGACAAAGAAGGAGUUGAAAACAAGAAGAAAGAUUCCGCCAUGGCGGCAUCGCCAUUGUGGGUGUCUGAGGAAUUGGAAUAUUGGGAUAGCAGCAUCCGGUUUACACACAUCGCUGCUACAUACAGUGAAUUAAUUGCGAUCUCAACCCAAGGACAAUUGCAUCAAUGGCGCUGGGCCGAUGCGCAUCCAUACCAGCGUAAUGAUGCUUCUGGAAGCAUUUACCACCCUCGUGGUAAUUGGUUGGGUUUAGCACCUGGUGAGAGAAUAGUCAGCGUUAGUGCUGCCGGGAUACGCGUGUCUAUUCUCAGUGAUGGUGGACGUAUCGCUACAUUUUUGGACGAAUCAAUAGCACAUGCCCCGGGAGCUGCUCGUCUAGAACAUCAAUUGCAGACAUUUACUGAAUUUGGAUCUGAUAGAUCUGUAUCGCUGCACGUGUGCUCAUUGUACACUGUUGCAAGACUGGAAUCUGGAACGCUAUACUGGUGGGGUGUCCUGCCAUUGGGUCAACGCGCUCGUCUUUGGGAGAAACAUCGAGCCCGGUCUCGCAAACAACAACGUGGCCACUCAUCUAAUACACCCACUGAUCUUCAAGCUGGACAGAGUGUCACUAUGAAGAAUGCACCUAUGUACCAACCUGGUGCCAUCGGUUUUAAUAUGUCAACGGGAGUGCCAAAAGUUGGAAUAUUACAAAACGCGGCUUGGAAUUUAUCCGACACUUGUCGUUUUAAGUUGCUUCCCCCUCCACAACCUGAUCGCUCUAUUUCAGACAAAGACAAGAGAGAUUUACAGAACCAAUCUCCGCUAACAGUGUCUUCAGUGAAGGCAUCCUCAUCGAACAGUAAUAGCAAGGACGGCGGUAAAGAUAGUAACAAAGACAUGGCUGAUCGGCUCGACAUGCCGCCGCCGCCUAGCCCUGCAUCAUCUACGUGUAGCGAUACUAGCACUUCCCAUAAACGGGCAAAACGCGUAACAGUUCGUGGCGAAGAGGGAUCGUCUAACGAUGGUGCUAAACGCGACGAAGAAGAGUGGCCUCUCAAAGAAGUUGUGUUUUUGGAAGAUGUGAAAAGUGUUCCGCUUGGCCGUGUAUUAAAAGUGGACGGGGCUUACGCAGCAGUCCGUUUUCCAUCUGUGGGCAAAGACGGGAAAGAGAUUGUGCCAUCAACCUCUGACGAUAUGCUGACGGUACUACAGGAUUGUAGAUUGGUACGCAAGGAUGACUUGGUGGCGGUGAAGUGGGGCGCGGGCGGCACCGCCGGGCCGCGCGGACCCGACUGUCUGCAGCGAUCACCUAGGAAAAUAACAUUACCUCCAGAUCUAAAUGUUAUAACUAUCGCCGUCGAUAAUCGCGGAGUACACGCAGUUGUCCGACGCCCUGGUGGUGCCUUAGCGUAUGCUGUGUACGCAGUGGGCACAACCCGCGCCCUCACAGACAGCACGUUCCCCACAGACCAUACCGCUCUACUGGGUUACUCUAAUGGUCAAGCUAUACAGCUAACAACUGCAGCUGAGGGAAGUGAACCAGUGGUGAUGAUGUUAGAUGGCAACGGCGCCCUGUACCCCGUGUCUCGGGAUUGUGUUGGCGCGGUCCGCGAGCCGCCGCCGCUGAACCUUCCUCCCGCACGAGCGCUCGCAGCACACGCGCUGCCACUACAGCCGCACCACCCACACCAUCCACAUCAUCCGGCCCUUAAAUCACAGGUUGCAUUAAUAAUAAUGGUUCCGGAACCCCAAAUAAUGAUGCCUCGCGUUCUACGCUGCGACCUAGAUGGUCUCAGACAAUUGCUGCACCAACUUGAAUCAGAUUCAAAUAAACAACAAAUUCUUUCAAUCCUGCAAGAGCGCUGUGACGGUAAUAGAAACAUACUUCACGCGUGUGUGCACAUGUGUGCUCCGACAUCUAAUAAAGAACCCGACAUUGUGGACAAUGCGUCAAUGCCUAAUGUGCCAGCUGGUACUGGUGGUAGUGGUGCCAGCUCUGAAGAAUCCGUACCAGCUCUCUCCUGGCCACCAGAAACAUUCGAGGCUUCUGGAGAUGAAGAUAGCUUAAUGGGACUCACUAACAAUGGAAAAAUUACAAGUGGCAGUAACAACGGCGGCAGCUCAGUGAGUGCAGACCCCGCAGAACGUCGCGGUAACGCUCUAGCGGCAUUGAGGACGCUCUGCGAAAGUUCAGUACUGCAGCCUUACCUCAUGCAGCUGCUUACUGGCAAGGAUGGUAUGGGACAAACGCCCCUGAUGGCAGCGGUGGCUGAACGUGCUUACCGCGCCGCUCUAGUGAUUCUCGACGCUAUCAGAGCGUGUUCCGAUGCUGACGAGGCUCAGCGGUCAGCCGCCAUAUUCCCUCCCAACGCACAUCCCGACCACUCGCCCCUGUUAGUUCUGUGCUGCAACGACACCUGCAGCUUCACCUGGACGGGACAGGAUCACAUCAACCAGGAUAUAUUUGAGUGCAAAACGUGCGGACUCACUGGAUCUUUGUGUUGUUGCACUGAAUGUGCUAAGGUGUGCCACAAGGGUCACGACUGUAAACUGAAACGCACGUCGCCUACGGCUUAUUGUGACUGUUGGGAGAAAUGUCGCUGUAAAGCAUUGUUGGGUGGUAACUGGGCCGCUCGAUGCGAUCUACUCGCUCGACUUGCUAGAGAUACACAACUCGCCACACACUUCAAUUCUAGAGGCGAAUCCAUCUUACUGUUCCUAGUUCAGACGGUGGGUCGGCAGGCGGUGGAGCAGCGUCAGUUCCGCUCGGGCAGCGGUCGAGGUCGCGUGCCUCGCAAGCAACCGGGCUCAGACGCGGAGGUGGACGUGCCGGACCACGACCUCGAACCUCCGAGAUUUGCGAGACGUGCCCUCGUGCAUUUACUAGGAGAUUGGCCUGCAGUUGAAGCCGCAAUAAUGUGCGGCUCGAACGGUUCCGAAGCUGACACUGGCGCCGGCACCACCGUGCCACAACAAUCUGGAACUACUCUGUUAGACAAAUUUACACAUGCACUGAUCGUAAAGUGCACUAAUGAGAUGCUAGAUACUCUCUUACACACGUUGAUCAGGGAACAACAGAACGACAGCAUCCCCGGCCGGGCUGAGCGUGCUCGUGAAGUGACCAGGCGAUUUGUGCGCUCCGUCGCUAGAAUCUUUGUUAUAUUCAGUGUUGAAAUGGCACCGGGAGCGGCUAAGAAGAAAGGUCCAUUAUCGAUUACAUCGUCGCUGGUGCGAUGUCGACGUGUUUUUGGGGCGCUGGAGGCUCUCUCAGUGGAAGAGUUAGUAGAGGCCGCCGACGCGCUCCUAGCGCCGGUGCGACUCGGUGUAGUUCGUCCGACUGCGCCCUUCCCACUAGCGACCACUUACGUAGAUCUGGUGAACGGCAGUGAAGAUCUGUUUGGUGUCGAACCGCUCUCUACUGGACAUUCACGAAUAACACACUCCCGAAGGGAAUCGAAUGUGGCGGGUGGUCGAGGUGUCGCAGCUGGUGGCACGUCGAUGGGGAGUUCCACUUUAGUUCCCGACCGUUCCUCUACACCUGUGGCCACCGAGUACCCGGACGACGUGGCUGGGGAGGCUCUGGGAGGCGAUGAUGACGCUUCGGAGACAGAUGAGUCUAACAUACCCGCACCCGUCCCACCUACAGAGUCACAACAUCACGACGACCCAAUGGGUGACAGAGGACAAGAGCAACAUGUGGUGGUAGAAAACGGAACAGAACGAGCCGAAGGUGGUGAGAGCGAAAGCGAAUUAGAUUUGCUGGCGGAAGCGGAAACGGAGAGUGACUCAGACGAUCAAGAUAACGCUGAAUCAGCACAGCGGAGUGUACAGACGGGAGCAACGCAAGGAUCAGAUGCCGUUAUCUGGUGCACUGCAACAGGCAUAGCAUCGCUAUUGCUGUAUCCAGAAGACGAGAGCGGCGACUCCACGCAGCCCGAGGACGAGGACUCCGAGGCCGGCGAGACUGACGAACAAGACGCGGAGGCCGAGCUGCCCCUACACGACGGAGAACCGCUGGAACGACGCUCCGCACCUCCCUCCAGACCCAAUCUGGCGCCUCAUUCGAUGCAAUGGGCUAUACGUUCUCGUGAGACAUCCCGCGGUACUACAAGUAGUACGAGCGGUGUUCGCCUGACCGGUCGCUCGUCCCUCGUGUUCAUAGACCCGACCUCACUUGGACGUUCUACUGCGGCGGCGGCCGCGGGGGCGCACGACCCACACUCCACAUCUACCACUGCGUCUUUCCUUGCACGUGCUUUCGGCAUUGUAAUUCGAGAAAUAACUGAUCUACUCUGGGAAUACGAGCGUGUAACACUGCCGUUGCCGCGUAAGUUGCAUCUGGCUCACAGAGAAGCCCUGCGGUUGCAAUGUUACCUCGAGCGCCAGCUUAAACAAACUUGGGAUUGGCUAGUGACGGUCAUGGAUGCUACAGAAGCACAAUUAAGAUUUGGAGCUUCGUUAACUUCAAACAAUGCGAGCACAUCAAAUAGUGAUAACCGUUCGUCAGCGCCCGUUGCCCGGCGCACACCCUCCUUCCCUUCACCAGCAACGAGGAUUAUUGGCUUUUCAGAAGCUCCACCACGCAGAGAUCGGGAACAAGGUGUAGAAGCUGGAAGUGCUCGUCGCGAAUUCCUCGCAUACUGCCUGUCCUUGCUGCGCGCCCACAGCGCCGAACAUGCGGAACAACUGCCUGUGCUGGACGUGGCCGCCUUGAAGCACGUGGCAUACGUACUGGACGCUCUGGUGUAUUAUAUGAGGGCAGCGCAACCACAACCACAUCACCACCAACAUUUAUGGACAUCGGAUGAAAAUGAGAAUGAGGAAGGUGAGGAAGAGAUGGUGGUAGGUGGUAGCGCGGCGGCCGAGUCGGACGGUGAGGGUGACGGAGCCCGCGGACGGACUCACGCGUUCUUCCAGCGCUCAGAUUCAACGCUAUGUCUCGGCUGCCCGCCUCCCGAUCCGUUUAACAUGACAAUGCAAGAUGCGUUGCCUCUGGCCGAUCAACCGCAACUUCUGCAACCUAACGCCCGUCGGGAGGAAUUGUUUGGAAUGCCACGUCAACCAGUCACUGUGCCCACCACUGGAGAGGGACCUCCUGGUAUAAACAACCCAUUAGAAGUGGUUCCUCGGCGACUAGGACUCUCCAGCCGAGGCACGGAGCGCGGCUGGUCACCGCCGGCCCGCCCCGCUUCCGCUCCGCCGACACACAACCACACCCUCACGAGAGAUGAACCACAGGAUCUCUCCUGCGCCAAAGACACAGUGACGAAAAUGGAAAUUGACACAGAUGGAGAAUACUUAUCAGACUCUGAUUCUAAUGAAGCAAGACAACAGGACAGACAGAUUCCUAGAAAGAAACAUCACAGACAUCCACAUGCCAACACAAUGAAUAGUCAUCAAGAAACAAACGCGAGUACUUCAGAGUUCCACACGUUAGUCGACACAGCCUGCUCUAUCAUCGAAGCACCGCACCAACAGAAUGUGUCCUCUAUACCUGGUCCAAGCGGCUCAAGCUCAUUGUCGCUAGAACCACGGGCGUCGUCCUCACGAAGCCCCGGCAAGAGCGUUAUUGUACGUGCUGGUGAAUUGCUUAGUGCGGCUGAUCCUCUCGAGUCUCAAGAAAUAUCGGCCCAUGUGACAGUUGAAACCACUGGCUUGCCGUCCGCGACUCUGCUGCCACCUCAAGUUCUCAAUGCCCCCGCUCAACCUCGGGCUUGUCCAUCGUUGGGCGCAUCGGUUUCCCACGAUUUGUUGCUGGGUCGCUGGCGGUUAUCUCUUGACUUAUUUGGGCGUGUGUUCACUGAGGACGUGGGCUUAGAACCAGGAUCCGUAGUCGCGGAGCUAGGAGGAUUCCCUGUUAAGGAAGUCAAAUUCCGUCGUGACAUGGAGAAGCUAAGGAAUUCGCAACAAAAAGAUUUGACCUUACAUAAGAUGGAACGUGAUCGCGCUAAGCUAUUGCAACAAACAUUUGCUGAGUUAAACAGCGCCUUUGCUGGUCACAACCGUCGCGCUCACAGCGCUCAGCCCCCGCUGGCUGUGAACCGUGUGAAGGUGACCUUCAGAGAUGAACCCGGAGAGGGCAGCGGAGUCGCUCGAUCAUUUUACACCAGCGUUGCUGAGGCUUUAUUAGCGAAUGAAAAGCUGCCGCCUUUGGAGUCGACUACUGGUAGCGGCAGCAAUAGUAGUACUACUAACGGUACACUCGGAUCUUCCGGCACGGCUGUUAGCGGCGCUAGUAGUAACAGUGGCACAAGCCGCAGCGGAGCCGGGCGUGCUCGUGCUAAGGACAACGCCCGCCGCGCUCCAGGCCGACCCGCACCAAGACCUCCCGCCGCCCGGGAACCGAGACGAGUACUCAGUGUGGACGCACGACCAUACUCACCGCAGGCUGCUCCUGGAACCGAAGGCGCUGGAUACAGCGGAGAUCGACCUGGAGGACACAACGAACAUCUCACGUUACAUCAAGCUCAACUCGGUGAAAGACUUUACCCUAAAGUUCAUUCCUUACAUCCAACGUUUGCUGGCAAAAUCACUGGCAUGUUGCUGGAACUGACGCCAGCCCAGCUCCUUGUACUCCUGGCAAGCGAGGACGCACUGCGGCAGAAAGUACGAGAGGCCAUGGAUCUCAUAGUACUACAUCCAUCAGAAGCUAUACUAGAUCUGGACGUGUUCUCGCUCUCAGAGCGCGGUGGUGGUGCGGGCGCGGGGGCGGCGGCUGGCGCGACCACGGCUGCCUCCGACGACGCUGCCCCACUGUUCUACUCACCCGGCAAGCGAGGGUACUACUCGCCGAGACAGGGACGCGCCACGCUUGAACGGAUCAACGCCUUCAGAAAUGUUGGCAGGAUUAUCGGUUUAUGCUUGUUACAAAAUGAACUCUGCCCGAUGUUUUUAAAUCGUCAUGUAUUGAAGUACAUACUGGGUAGACCCGUCAGAUUUCACGAUCUGGCAUUCUUCGAUCCUGUCGUCUACGAGAGCCUUCGUCAGCUGGUCGUCGAUGCUGAAACUGGAGACUCGCAUUCACUAUUUGCAGCUCUUGAUCUCAACUUUAGUUUGGAAAUGUGUGAAGAAGAAGGUGGUGGCUGCGUUGAACUGGUGCCUGGCGGUCGGGAAAUUGAAGUUACAGCUCUCAAUGUGUAUGACUAUGUACGAAAAUAUGCCCAACACCGCAUGCUGUUAUCACAGGAAAAAGCUCUUGAGGCAAUGCGUGUUGGUGUACUAGACGUGCUUCCUGAAUCUGCCCUAGAAGGCCUAACGGCUGAAGAUUUACGACUUCUAUUAAACGGUGUAGGAGAUAUAAAUGUGACGGCACUAGUAUCAUACACGAGCUUCAACGAUGAAAGCGGUGAACCUCCGGAACGACUUGCUCGUUUUAAACGAUGGCUUUGGGCUAUCGUUGAUAAGAUGACGCAUUUAGAAAGACAAGAUUUAGUAUAUUUCUGGACCGGGUCUCCAGCGCUUCCGGCGUCAGAAGAAGGCUUCCAGCCCAUGCCGUCUGUGACCAUCCGACCAGCCGACGACGCUCACCUCCCCACCGCUAAUACCUGCAUCUCUCGACUCUACAUACCUCUGUACUCCUCGCGACACGUUCUCAAACAUAAAUUAUUACUCGCUAUCAAAACUAAAAACUUCGGCUUUGUGUAA